AUGGCAGCUAUCGCUAACUCCUUAUCACUUAAACACACUCUCGCAACUCGCUUUCCACUAACAACAACGCGAACGCGUCUUUCUUCCACUUCCAGAACCUUCCAUAGAUGCUACGCUUCUUACGCAAACGAAAAUCGCGAGUAUGUGAUUGUUGGCGGUGGAAACGCGGCCGGAUACGCCGCUCGUACUUUCGUCGAGCACGGUGUCGCCGAUGGCCGUCUUUGUAUCGUCACUAAAGAGGCGGUUGCGCCUUACGAGCGUCCUGCUUUGACGAAAGCUUACUUGUUUCCUCCGGAUAAGAAUCCGGCGCGGCUUCCGGGGUUUCAUACUUGUGUUGGAUCUGGUGGAGAAAGGCAAACUCCAGAGUGGUAUAAAGAGAAAGGGAUAGAGACGUUGUAUGAAGAUCCGGUAGAAAACAUUGAUAUUGAAAAGCAAACUUUGACAACGAGUUCUGGGAAGCUUCUGAAGUAUGGAUCACUUAUUAUUGCUACAGGAUGUACAUCCUCAAGGUUUCCUGAGAAAAUUGGGGGAAACCUUGACGGUGUCCACUAUAUUCGGGAUAUUGCAGAUGCUGAUGCCCUGGUUUCAUCAUUGGAAAAAGCAAAAAAGGUUGUAGUAGUUGGAGGUGGUUAUAUAGGAAUGGAGAUUGCUGCUGCAGCUGUUGCUUGGAAACUUGAUACAACAAUCAUAUUUCCAGAUGAUCACUUUUUACAAAGAUUGUUCACUCCUUCUCUUGCCCGUAGAUAUGAAGAACUCUACCAAAAGAAUGGAGUUAAAAUAUUGAAGGGUGCCUCCAUUAAGAAUUUGGAAGCUAGUUCUAAUGGUAACGGACGUGUAGCUGCUGUGAAACUUGAAGAUGGGUCUAUUGUUGAAGCAGAUACGGUAAUUAUAGGCAUUGGAGCGAAGCCUGCUGUUGGUCCCUUUGAGAGAUUGGGUUUGAAUACUGAUGUUGGUGGUAUACAGGUUGAUGGUCAGUUCCGGACAAGCAUUCCAGGAAUAUUUGCUGUUGGUGAUGUUGCUGCCUUCCCUUUAAAGAUAUACAACCGUGUUGCUCGAGUGGAACAUGUAGAUCAUGCUCGUAGAUCGGCACAGCACUGUGUGAAAGCAUUACUCAGUGCACAAACUAACACGUAUGAUUAUCUUCCGUACUUCUACUCAAGGGUUUUUGAAUAUGAAGGAAACACUAGAAAAGUAUGGUGGCAGUUCUUCGGAGACAAUGCAGUUGGAGAAACGGUUGAAAUCGGAAACUUUGAUCCUAAAAUAGCUACUUUUUGGAUUGAAUCUGGUAAGCUGAAGGGAGUUCUUCUUGAAAGCGGGAGCGCUGAGGAAUUUCAGCUCCUGCCUGAACUUGCCAGAAAGCAACCUUCUAUUGAUAAAGCCAAGCUUGAAAGCGCAACCUCAGUGGAAGAGGCCCUAGACAUUGCUAGGAGAUCCUUGCAAGCCGUUGUCUAG